GGUUCGUUUUGUUCUCCUGCUUGCUGCUUAGAGUCGAGUUUGGGACGUUGCAGAGAAGCAAAGUGCUUCCUGGUUCCUAGAAUUUAAAAGGAAGAUCCCUUGAUGGGGUCGGUGACCAUGGCCGCUAUGUUGACCAGUGGCUGUCGGAGCUUCGGUUUACCAUUGGCUCUCGUGCGAACACUUGACAUCUCCCUUUCGGCUCUUAUCAAGCACUACAACAAACGUUCUCUGAAAUGGUGUUGUCCGAGGAGUUCACAUAGCAGUUCACUUACCAGUGAAUCCUCAAAAGUACACUCUAACAACUCAACCACUGCUUCUAAUGGCUACCCGAAGUAUGAUCGCUUGCUUCCGUGUCCAUCACAAAAUUGUACACCAAGAGUUGAACACUUAGUUGUUUCAGAAGGAGGACCCGUCUUAGAAUAUAUUUGCAAAGCUCUAGAUUUUCCUCCUUUGUUUGUUGCAGAUCUAAUCCAAUUUGGAGCCGUAUACUAUGCUCUUGUCUGUCCACAACCCCCUCCCAGUGCUACUCAGGAGGAGAUUAGGAUAUUCAAAGAAGCAACAGAACCAUCAGUUUUGAGAAAGAGAUCUUCGAUCAAAGGGAAAACUAUACGAGAGGCACAAAAGACUUUUCGAAUAACUCAUGUGGAUCAGUUUGUGGAAGCAGGAACCUAUUUAAGAGUACAUGUACAUCCCAAACGCUUUCCAAGGUGCUAUGAGAUUGACUGGCGAUCGAGAAUCAUAGCUGUGGCUGAGUCAUAUGUGGUUUUGGAUAAACCGGCUGGAACAUCAGUGGGUGGCACUACUGACAACAUUGAAGAAACUUGUGCAACCUUUGCAACUCGUGCCCUGGGACUUCCAACCCCAUUGAUGACUACCCAUCAGAUAGACAAUUGCACGGAAGGCUGUGUAGUCUUCGCUAGGACUAAAGAAUAUUGCUCUGUCUUUCAUGGUAAAAUCAGGGAGAAAAAGGUGAAGAAGCUUUAUCUUGCUCUUGCAGCUGCUCCCGUGCCAUGUGGAAUUAUUAGCCAUUAUAUGCGUCCAGUUAACAGGGCUCCUCGUCUUAUUUCUGAAGAUUACGUUGAGGGAUGGCACUUGUGUCAACUUGAGGUCAUGGAAUGUAGAAAGGUCCCCUGGCCAAUCACUCUUAUUCAAGACAAGUUUUGUAUUGAAGACUGUGGAUGGCCUUCUGAAGAUUAUGCGUAUGAGUGUACAAUCAACCUUCUUACUGGUAAAACCCAUCAGAUUCGAGCUCAAUUUGCAGCGUGUGAGGCACCAUUAGUUGGUGAUUCUAUGUACAUGCCAGCUGCCCUUGCAGAGAUGGCUAAUCCUGGAAUUAAUCCAUUUGGAAAACACAAGAAAGAUCUCAGCGGUCAGGGUGAAAUGGAAAUGGCUGUUUUAAAUUGGAUUUCACAACAUGGGAAAGAACCAAGUGUUGCAAUUGGCCUCCAAGCUUGUCAAAUAUCGUGGGAUGAUGGCGAACACUUUUACAAAGCUGGGUCUCCUUGGUGGAGGGUUUCUCAUCAUAUUAAGCAAGGACGCAAGAAUUUCCUUAAAGAUUGGAGAAGUUAGACUGAAAGUCUACUCCAAGGUUCACAGAAAUAAAUGAAAAGGAGAAGACGAUUAUAGGCUGUCAAGUGCAGUAUCAUAUGCUUCUGUACCUUGUAGCAUGCAUUCCUUCAGAAGUAAAUUGAACAGAUGAGCCAGACAUAGGUGAUUCCUGAAUUUAAAUACUAGUUUACGAAGAGAAAAUUAAAUUUACACAUUCUGCUCGGAGAUGAAGGCAUCGAGCAAAAGUCACAUAUUAUUGAAGCGAAGCUGAUUGGGCUUUGGUACAAACGAUUUAACUUUGGCGCUUGUCCUGAAUUGUUUGUACCGGUUUCCCUCCUCCCUGUCAUGUUCGGGCCUAAAAGCCUCUCUUUUAUACUUUGUAAUAAACUGCUUAUACCAACUUGCUGAUAGUUUUUGAGUUCUCUUUAGAGUAGAAAAAUCAAUAUGGUAUAGCCCGAAUCUUCUUGUAUAUCCAUAUUCCCACUGAAAGUUGUCAAGGAGGGACCAGGCAAAGUAUCCCCUCACGUCUGCUCCUUUCCUGAUCAUAUGUUAAGACUUGAGAUGGGAGGAAAGAAUACGAAAGUUAUCUAAAUUUAGUCAUUAAUCUCGAGGCAAAUAUCAGCUAUUGGUUAGACAAUAUAUAAUAGAUAUAUUGGCAAACUAUAGUGAACAAUAAAAGGGUAUUCAAAUGAUCGUCUGGAAAUUAUGUUGCUGUUUUUGUUCAUUUAAUUUUCUCACCUUGUAGCUGAUACAAGGGCAUUCAAGUGAUCUUCCAUGUACUUCAUUCUUUUAACGUCAUUAAUAUGUUCUUCCAAGGUGGAA